GCUCCAUCUCCCGAAGCAUCUCUCUUUCUCAGGCGGCUGCUGCGCACAUUCGUGAGACAUGCCAAAGUUACAAAGAUUCCGAGGAGUAAGGCAAAGGCACUGGGGCUCAUGGGUCUCCGAGAUCCGCCAUCCUACUCUGAAGACAAGGAUAUGGCUGGGCACGUUUGAAACGGCGGAGGACGCAGCUAGGGCCUACGACGAGGCGGCGCGGCUCAUGUGCGGACCGACAGCCCGGACCAACUUCCCCUUCGACCCCAACUUCUCGUCCGUCUUAUCGCCGAACCUCAUGGCGAAGCUGGAGCGGUGCUGUUCCGCAUCCGGGGACGAGAGCAGGAGAGCCAAGGCGACGCCGAUCGGAAGCCAAGAAGACGUCGCCCAGUGUCCGGAUGAGGAGUACAUCGAAGAGAUGAUCCAGGAGCUGACUUACAGUGGCUCUCUAGAGAUAUCUACCUCUUCUUCGUCUUCAUCUUCCUCUUCCUGUUAUGUGAAAUCUUGUGGGUAUUAGUGCAAAUCAACACACUCUUCAAUCAUAUAUGUAUAGUGUGCCAUGCUCCUCAUCGAGUAGUCUACUGUAUUCUUCUCACUGAUACUUGGUGUUGUGCAUUCUGGUUUGCAGCAGCAA